AUGGUGGACAGCUCGAUGCAGUCCUGCGAGGUCGCAGCUGAGUUUCGGGAAAGUCAUACCCACGAGAACGAAGGGCUGUUCGAGGAGCAACCCCUUUUUGUCCUCGAAAAGCUUUACUCGACCCCGGAAGAAAAGAAGUGGCUGCAAGACAAUGACCCCACGAAUCACCGGGCACGCAUCUACAAGCACUUUGUGAAGUUCACGGACAGCAACAAGCAUUCGACAGGUGUGUCGACAGGGGUCCAAGGCCGUGCCAACCUGGGUGACGGUCAGGCAGGCCUCGCGGCACGGCAGCUCUUGUCGGAGAGUGUGAUGGCAGCUGGGGCGGCCUUCACUGACGUGCCAACCGGCAAGAAUAUGGGAAAGGGUGGUAAGGGUGGCAAAGGGAAGGGCGGUGGCAAGACUAAGCAGGCUGGCGCGCUUUCUGACGAAGACGCCGAGAUGAAGGAGCUCAACAAGGAUCUCGAUGCGAUCACCACCUUAAUGAAAUCUUGCCGGGCAGCUUCACUCACGUUGUCAAAGCUGCCACACACUGCAGAAAUGCAGCAAGCUCUCGGGGACAAAAUGGAUGUGGUGAAGGCACACCAGGAACAUCUCGAAGGUAUGGUGUUCGGCAAAAACGGCAAGAAGUGCCCUGGCCAAACUGUGCUUCUGGACAUGCUGGGCCUUAAUUGA